UUUUGCACCGUUCUUCUCAUGUUCACAUGUUAUUGUUUGACACACGACUGAUUCGCUUUGGGGCGGCGUACGUCUCGCUACCAGCUCCACUACAUCUGUGUCCGCUGAGGCUUGAGAACAUGUCAGAUAAGACGCAGAUGCCGAGCAGGGAGUGCGCCCUCGCCGGACGACAGGAGAAAAUGGCUGUCGCAGACAAGCAUGCAGUCAACCAGAACACCACCGUGGAGCCUUUUCCUCAAGGCAUGGGCACGAUCAUGUUUGGUAUGGGUUGUUUCUGGGGUGCCGAGAGGCUUUUUUGGAGAGUUUCUGGGGUCUUCUCCACCCAGGUGGGCUUUGCCGGCGGCUUCACACCCAACCCCACCUACGAAGAAGUCUGCUCAGGUCUGACAGGACACACUGAAGUGGUGAGGGUGGUCUUUUCUCCUGAAGAAAUAAGUCUGGAGGAGCUGCUGAAACUCUUCUGGGAGAACCACGAUCCGACACAAGGUAUGAAGCAGCACGCCGACGUCGGGACUCAGUACCGUUCGGUCAUUUACACUUCCAGCGCCGUUCAGCAGGAGCUUGCUCUCAACAGCAAAGUGGCCUACCAAAAGGAGCUGGAGGCAAAGGGCAUGGGCACCAUCACGACUGAAAUCAAGGAGUUGCAGCAGUUCUACUACGCCGAGGACUACCAUCAGCAGUACCUGAAGAAAAAACCUCAAGGUUAUUGCGGCCUCAAAGGCACUGGGAUUUCCUGCCCCAUCCGAGCGGGCAAAGAUGAGGUGUAAGGAACGCUACAGAUGAUUUAAGGUUAAUUCCCUCGUGAUUGAGGUCUAGAAUGAAACUGCCAAUUCUGAACUUAGGCUGAUUUUUAUUUCCCUUUUUUGAGGUCGUAAGAUGCAUUUAAAUUUUAUUUCCUUGACAAGAAAGCUUUUUUCCUGAGAGCAGUUGACAUGCAGUAACCGCCUUACUCCACACGAUGGCGACAUAUGUUUGACAUUCACUCUUAAGAACCAGAUGGCGUGGAUAAUUGAUAUCUUAAUUGUAUUUUAAUAGAAAUGAUAUUAGUCUGUUUUCAAUAGAGCAAUAAUGUAGUCAUGAUUGAUUACUUCGUCUCGGGGAGUAGCUAUAAGACAUCACAAUAACUGAAAUACCGCCAUGGUUCACUAUUAUUAUUUACAUAAAUCAAAAUUUGCAAAUGACACAA